AUGGCGGAGGAAGUGCCAACCGUCAAUCUGGAUGACACAGGAUCACAGGCAGCUUCAACUUCUGUAGCGGGAAGUAACCGUGAUUCGCUAAAUAGUUUACUUAACAAAGCCAAUGACAACAAAAACUGCCUGAAGGAUUGCACUCUAGGAACACAAUACUCUAUGAUCUGUGACGAUGUCAGAAAGGAGACUAAAAGAAGGAGUUUCUGUUGCAGUAACACAUCCCAAACAGUUUGGGGAGUGAUUCUGAUAUCUUUAUCUAUAAGUGGAUUUAUUUUCACACCUCAAGACGUAAUGCUGUGGGAAAAACUUAAUAUGAGACCUGGCCUACCACCAUAUGACUGGUGGUCAGACCCACCUGAUCAGGUGAGGAUGAGAAUGUACGUCUUUAACGUGACCAACCAUGACAGGUUUCUCUCUGGCGCUGAUGACAAAAUUAAUGUAGAGGAAAUUGGACCAAUUGUGUAUUUAGAAAAAUUACUGCAUUAUAAUAUAACUUUUAACGAUAACGGAACUAUGACAUACACAGCCAAGCGAUUUCUUAUAUAUCUACCGGAGGAGAACACUAUUAAUCUCAACUCUACAAUAAUAUUACCCAAUUUGGCCGUACUGGGAAUAGCAUCCCGGAUCCACAAUGAAAACUUCUUUAUACGGGGUGGCUUCUCAAUAAUGGUCAGGACACACUCGGCCGAGCUGUUUGCAAAGAAAACUAUAUAUCAAUUUAUGUGGGACAAUCAGGAGUCUGUGUUGGAAACCACAAAGGCAUUAGCGCACAACAUGGUGCCUACUACCAACAUGGGCGUGCUAUUUAGUAUAUAUACGGACUUUACAGACGAUGUUACUGUGAAGAUUGGACCUCAAUGGGGUCAUCACAAUUUCUUCAAGAUAGAUCAAUACGGGCGAAAAUUACAGUUAAAGGGAUAUGAUUUAAAUACCUGUCCAGAUACCUUGACCGGGUCUACCGAGGGUGUGAUGUAUCAUCAACGUUUGUCAAAAGAUGAUGUUCUUUUGUACUUGAGAAAGUCUGUAUGCCGAGCCAUGCCUUUGAGUUUUGAUCAGGAAGUGAUCAUAGACAACGUGCCCGUGUACAGAUACAAUCUGUCAGAUCACGCGUUUGAUAGAAUAAAUGGCACAGACUGUUACGAUUCCAAACCUUCUUUACCGAAUGGAUUCAGUGAUACUUCGAAAUGCUACGACGGUUUGCCAAUGGUUGCAUCAUACCCGCAUUUCUACACGGGACAUCCACCGAAGGACACCUAUGUAACUGGCCUUAUCCCGGACAAGGAAAAGCAUAAUUCUUAUGUACUUGUUGAACCGCUAACAGGAACACCAUUCAGGGCUGUUGCCAGGAUGCAAUGCAACUUUCAAGUGCAAAACUUAUCAGCGUUCAGUGAUCCAAAUUUUCAUAAAUUUUCCAACUUGAUAAUACCUCUUAGCUGGAUAGAAUAUAGUCAAGAAGGUCUUCCCUGGUAUAUAAAAUACUUCAUCUACUUUUUAGUAGUUAUUCUACCACCCCUUACUACGCUCCUCCUGACAGGGACACUAAUUUUAGGCUUUUAUUUUGCCGUAAAACAAAUUUAUAGGAAAAAGUGCGUGCGAAGAAAAUUUGUUACUAAAGUAUUUGAAACCGAGAAAUUUCUGAAAGUAACAAACUAA